AUGUCUGAUGAACCCACCAUUCUUCGUCCUCGUCCGCGGCGAGUGUUCGACCUUACGCCUGCUUCGAACGAAUCGUCCGAAGCUCCUACUCCUGCGGAGCCCGCCAACCCUGACCUGCUCAAUCCCAAGGACGCCGGUUCGACCAGCGUAAGCCGCAAUGCUUCCAUCAUGAAUCUGACGUCGUCUACGCUUUAUGGCAUUUAUUCUCCGACCGCAUUCGAAGGCUCCCGAGAUGAGUCGAGCCCCUGGGGCACCGAGGCACAAACACCUAGCUCGGAGAAUCCACCAAACAUUAAAACAGCUCUUGAGACGCCGAGUGGCCCUGUGCAGAGAACUCGGUCGCGCCUCAUCCAUGGGCUAUUCCGUGGGGUGAUUCUGCCUCAGGUGUUACGAAGCGCGCUUCUCUUUGGGUUCGGUGUGGUCUACGGAGUUAUCACGGUCCAUUUGCAUGAGAAUCACUGGAUCACGCCGGUGAAAUUGGAGAAUAUUCGCUACUAUGAUUCAUGGCACUACCUGGGUUUGUGGGGUCUGGCUGGAGUGGCUCUGGGAAAUGUGCUUCCCUGGCUGGAUUCCUUUGCUGGGGAGUGGGAUACGGAUCGUUCCCGGACCGUCAAAGGGCAUGGGAACAAUCGUUCCAGCGAAGAUCGUACCCCUGCUUGGGUUACAGUGGCUCGGAGCGUUGGGGCCUUUGUUGGAAUUGCGUUUGCUCUGAGGAAACUCCCCUGGGAGUCAACGACUCAGGCAUCUGCCACUCUUGCUCUCGUCAAUCCUGUGCUGUGGUACCUCAUUGACCGCACAAAGGCAGGCUUCCUAUUGUCGACCGUGGUUGGACUGGCCGGGACAGGUGUGGUGCUGGGGCUCAAGCCGGAGUUGGUCCCAACGCCCACAGAUACUUCUGCGACUACCAUUCCUCUGCUGAACGGCACAGUCGGGGAAUAUGGACUGGUGACAGGCCUCACCCAGGAAGGUGUUGCCAUCCGCAUAUGGCUCGCAAGUGUUCUCUUCUGCGCCUGCGUCUGCUUUGGCAACGUCGGCCGGCAACUUGCCAUCGGAGGUACAAGCAGAGACGGGCUCAAAUAG